GAGACAAGUCCCGCCCUGCAGGCGGCACCGGAAGUGGCAGGCUGGGAUCAGCCUUUAAGAUGGCGUCUCCUCAGGGGGGCCAGAUUGCGAUCGCGAUGAGGCUUCGGAACCAGCUCCAGUCAGUGUACAAGAUGGACCCGCUACGGAACGAGGAGGAAGUUCGAGUGAAGAUCAAAGACUUGAAUGAACACAUUGUUUGCUGCCUAUGCGCUGGCUACUUCGUGGAUGCCACCACCAUCACAGAGUGUCUUCAUACUUUCUGCAAGAGUUGUAUUGUGAAGUACCUCCAAACUAGCAAGUACUGCCCCAUGUGCAACAUUAAGAUCCACGAGACACAGCCACUGCUCAACCUCAAACUGGACCGGGUCAUGCAGGACAUCGUGUACAAGCUGGUGCCUGGCUUGCAAGACAGUGAAGAGAAACGGAUUCGGGAAUUCUACCAGUCCCGAGGUUUGGACCGGGUCACCCAGCCCAGUGGGGAAGAGCCAGCACUGAGCAACCUUGGCCUCCCCUUCAGCAGCUUUGACCACUCUAAAGCCCACUACUAUCGCUAUGAUGAGCAGCUGAACCUGUGCCUGGAGCGGCUGAGUUCUGGCAAAGACAAGAAUAAAAGCGUCCUGCAGAACAAGUAUGUCCGAUGUUCUGUUAGAGCCGAGGUACGCCAUCUCCGGAGGGUCCUGUGUCACCGCUUGAUGCUAAACCCUCAGCAUGUGCAGCUCCUUUUUGACAAUGAAGUUCUCCCCGAUCACAUGACAAUGAAGCAGAUAUGGCUCUCCCGCUGGUUCGGCAAGCCAUCCCCUUUGCUUUUACAAUACAGUGUGAAAGAGAAGAGGAGGUAGGGGCCAAGCCCCCACCCCAUCCCACUCCCCUUCCCUCCCCAGAUAUUUAUGUGAAAUGAACUGCAGCUUUAUUUUUUGAAAUAAAAACUUUUAAAAAGCA